UCCAAAUAGGAAAUAGAAACCAACCUCUGCGUUUCCUCUUCGCUCUAGACCACCAAAACUAACGGCUUCUGCACUCCUUUUUAUAGUAAUAAUAAUAACAAGAAUCUCCAUUAUUUGAAUAUCGUGAUAGAUCCUCUGUUCUGUUCUUCCCAUCGGAACCCUAAACUCGAUAAUCUUUUUGGUCGCCAUGGAUUCCAUUGUUAAGAAAGAAACUGUUGAAAGUGGAGAAACAACGCUGGAAAAUAGUCUGCCUCCCACGCUUUCAAAACAUGAUUUAAUUGAACUCAGUAGCACCGAUUCCGAUUCCGAUUCCGGUGACUCUGACGGCGAGUCCUUGUUUGGUAAAAGAUCUAGGUCUUCGAAUGGCGUCGAUGGUAGUUCAUCCAAGAAGCAGAAGCUGGAUGGUAUGGGAGUCAUUUUGCCUCUCGGCUUUCUUGAUCCCUUACCCCCGGAGGAAGCCUUGCCCCUGUCUGAACCAGUUUCAAAAUCUCAAUCCGCGGUUGUGGUUGCGAGUUGCAAGCAAUUUUGGAAGGCUGGAGAUUACGAGGGCGCUUCUGGCUGUGACACGGCAUCUUCUUUCGGUGGUAUGGAUCAUGUUAGGGUACAUCCCAAGUUUCUCCAUUCAAAUGCAACAAGCCACAAAUGGGCUCUUGGAGCUUUUGCAGAGCUUUUGGAUAAUUCUUUAGAUGAGAUAUGCCAUGGUGCUACAUAUGUUAGCAUAGAUAUGCUGAAGAAUAAAAAGGAUGGGAGCAGAAUGUUGCUGGUUGAAGAUAAUGGUGGUGGAAUGGAUCCAGAUAAAAUGCGACAAUGUAUGUCUCUAGGUUAUUCUGCAAAAAGCAAAUCAGCUAAUACCAUUGGGCAAUAUGGAAAUGGUUUCAAGACCAGUACCAUGAGGCUGGGGGCAGAUGUUAUUGUGUUCUCACGUUGUUGUGGAAAAGAUGGGAAAAGUUCUACACAAAGCGUUGGAAUGCUUUCAUACACAUUUUUGAGGAGCACUGGGAAGGAAGAUAUUGUAGUUCCCAUGCUUGACUAUGAGAACGUGGGAAGAAAUUGGAACAAGAUGACACGGUUAUCUCCGGGUGAUUGGAAUAGAAAUGUAGAAACCAUUGUACAAUGGUCUCCUUAUUCAAGUGAAGCAGAUUUACUUCAUCAGUUCAACUCUUUGGAAGAUCAUGGCACACGUAUAAUCAUAUAUAAUCUAUGGGAGGAUGAUCAUGGAGAAUUGGAACUGGAUUUUGACACUGACCCACAUGACAUUCAAAUUCGAGGUGUCAAUCGAGAUGAGAAGAAGAUACAGAUGGCAAAGCAGUUUCCCAACUCUAAGCAUUUUUUGACUUAUCGAAAUUCAUUAAGGAGUUAUGCAUCAAUUCUUUACCUGAGACUUCCACAUGGCUUCAGAAUUAUUCUGCGUGAGAAAGAUGUUGAGCAUCAUAACUUAGUCGAUGAUAUGAUGUUUACACAAGAGGUCACAUACAGACCACAACCUGGUGCUGAUGGGGUUUCAAGGGAAUCAAAUAUGGUUGCUGUUGUCACAAUUGGGUUUGUGAAGGAUGCAAAGGAUCAUAUUGAUGUUCAAGGAUUUAAUGUUUAUCACAAGAAUCGACUUAUUAAGCCAUUCUGGAGGGUCUGGAAUGCUGCAGGAAGUGAUGGUCGGGGAAUUAUAGGUGUACUGGAAGCUAAUUUUGUUGAACCAGCUCAUGAUAAACAAGGGUUUGAACGUACAAUUGUGCUUUCAAGACUCGAGGCACGAUUAUUGCAGAUGCAAAAGAAUUACUGGGGCAACAACUGUCAUAAAAUUGGCUAUGCUCCCCGGCGUCAAAAGAAACUUGUGAAUGAAUCUGCAAAUGGAGAAUCAUCACCUGAGUAUCCUCCUCAAUCAUCACGACAUUCAAAGAAAUCUUCCUUCCUCAGUGGAAAAACUCCACUUUCAGACAAGUAUUCACAUGCAAAUGAGAAGGUGGUUGGGAGAAAAGAAGCUGAAAGAUCUCUUAAGAUGGCUGACUCCAAGCAUAGAAAUGAACACAUACAUGGAAACGGUGAAAAUGGAAUUAAGAGCACAAAAUUUAGAAAGCGAUCAGGUUCUCCAGAGCCAAUGUCGCCUUCUAUCGAGGAUGGUGACUGUGAGAUGCAAACUGCCCCUCCUGAGAGAGUUGUGAAAGGCAGUAAUAGUGAGACUCAGCAAGAUCAUACAUCCAAUGGACAUGCUGAUCGAGUUGCUAAAUGUUCACAGCCAAAGGUUGCUGAUGUUCCUUACAGUGGAAAUGGAAAUGUGCAUUCUAAUUCCCAUGAAAAUGAUUUGAAUCAAUUUCACGAGGAGAAUCCUAGACAAAAGGAUAGAUUGAAGAAAUUGGAGGCUGAUUUACAUUUCGAAAGAGAUAAAUGUAAAUCCCUAGAAGAUCAACUUAAAAAGGCAGAGCAAAAGAUUGAAGAUAUGAACAAGGAACAAGAGGCUUUGAUCGAUAUAUUCUCAGAAGAGAGGAACAGACGGGAUAAUGAAGAAGAGAAUUUGAGGAAAAAAUUGAAGGAUGCUUCUAAUACCAUACAAGAGUUGUUGGGCAAGUUGGCGCUGCUGGAGAAAAUGAGGUCUCUAAACUGCAAAACAGAACGAUAGAGGUGCUAUGUUACGGUGACUAUCAUCAGUCUAAAGAAAGAGUAAAGAGUAAUACGUAUCUAACGCGAAAUACGUCAUUCUUCAUAGUUCAUAGUUAGUUAUACGUACUUCGGAAGGGAUUGCAAACCCUGCAAGUUGACACGAGGGAAGUGUAUUGGGUAUAUAUAUACAUGUAAUUUAAAACACAGAGGAAGCAGUUUUGAUGCGAGUUAAAUGUAUAGUUUUUAAUUGA